AACGUCGACGUCGGCUCCAGCGCUGAGCGCAGCCUCACUCCCAAUUGGCUGGGCCUCCGGCCUGCCCAUCGCCGCGCACCACCCCUGGGUUCCCUUCGCAGUCCGCAGUAGAAACACUGCCCUCUCCCUUCUUUGACCCCGGCCCUUCUUCCCCUUCGUCCCUCCCUCUUACCGCCUCUGUCGCUUCAGGCGCCCCUGCUCGCAGCGGAGCUCCCGACUUGGUGAUGGGGUCCCGGGCCUCCACGUUACUGCGGGACGAAGAGCUCGAGGAGAUCAAGAAGGAAACUGGCUUUUCCCACAGUCAGAUCACCCGCCUCUACAGCCGGUUCACCAGCCUGGACAAAGGAGAGAAUGGGACUCUCAGCCGGGAAGACUUUCAGCGGAUUCCAGAACUUGCCAUCAACCCACUGGGGGACCGGAUCAUCAACGCCUUCUUUCCAGAGGGAGAGGACCAGGUGAACUUCCGAGGAUUCAUGAGAACCUUGGCUCAUUUCCGACCCAUUGAGGAUAAUGAAAAGAGCAAAGAUGUGAACGGACCAGAACCACUCAACAGCCGAAGCAACAAACUGCACUUUGCUUUUCGACUGUAUGACUUGGAUAAAGAUGACAAGAUCUCCCGUGAUGAGCUGUUACAGGUGCUACGCAUGAUGGUCGGAGUGAAUAUCUCAGAUGAGCAGCUGGGCAGCAUUGCAGACAGGACCAUCCAGGAGGCUGAUCAGGAUGGGGAUAGCGCCAUCUCUUUCACAGAAUUUGUUAAGGUUUUGGAGAAGGUGGACGUAGAACAGAAAAUGAGCAUCCGAUUUCUUCACUAAAGGACUGAGACCAAACUAUUCCUUGCUUUCUAGUAUUUAAGAACUGGAACUUGAAACCCCUCCUAUCCACCAGCCCCACCUCCACUCCAUCAUUCCCCUUCUCCCAAAGUACUACUGCUGUUGCAUGACAACCCCAAAUAUGUUCUGUCAACGCAAACCUGCCUUUGGUGUAUAAAUAGGGCAUUACAGAAUGGUA